AUGGGCAACCAGGUGCCCGUGGUGGUGGAGCGGUGCGGCUCCGUAUGCCACUCUUGCGAAGCAUCCAAAGAUGGUGGACAUCCUUGUUCCCCCUCGCUCCUGGGUUCAGAGGAGUUCGUGGAGACGCGAGAGGUCAAACAAAUGCAUGCUUGGCAAUCGCCGACUUCCUCGCCGAGAGCAGGUAAGGGCGUGACGCUCAAUACAGAAGACUUGGCACCCAUGUCACCGUCCAUGGCAAGUGCUGGCACGAUUAGCCAGAGCAUGGGUUUGGCCACACCACACUCCACUCCUCAGCAAGUCGGUGUGCUUGUGGGCCUGCUACGAGGGCUUACGGGCGCGCUGGAGGAGAAAACUGUGACGUACCCUGACGGUUCCACGUACAGCGGAGCGCUCCAAAACGGGAUGCGGCACGGGAGCGGCGUUUGGAAAGCGGAGGCUGAGAUGUACGAUGGGGAAUGGCAAAAUGACCAACAACAUGGGACUGGCCGUCAGACAUGGGGUGACGGGCGGUCCUAUGAAGGCCAGUACUACCGGGGCCAUUUCUCUGGAACUGGCAAAAUGGUUUGGAGGACCCCCAAAGGCACCAUGUCCUACGAGGGCGAGUACCUCGAUGACAUGAAGCAUGGCAUGGGCAAGUUCACCUGGGCCGAUGGACGCUGCUAUGAUGGAGAGUGGCAGCAAGGCAAACGACAUGGCCGCGGAGCUUACACCUCCGCAGAAGGCGACUAUCGAGUCGGCUAUUGGUCCGAAGAUCAGUUCGUUAGAUGGGAGCAAAGACCGUGCGAACAGGACAGCUACAACCGAUUGUUGCGGUGA